GUCCGCUUUGGUGAACUGAAAACCAUAACAAUUAACAACCACCCAAAAAAGGUUUCCGCUUUCUUCUUCUUCUUCUUCUUCCAUGGCUUUCAAACUAUUCACUCCCAUUACACACCUCCAAAUCCCCAUUUUCCACUCCCAAUUCCUUCAACCCACUCCUGUUUUUCCUUCAUCUUCACUUCCAACAAACCUUUUGUCUUCAAAGCUUCAUUCACGACAGAAAUCGUCUGUUUGUAUCAAUUCACUGAAACAGGAAACACUUCAGAGCCCCACCCCAACUUCUACAUCAUCUAAUAAGCUUGUUCUCGUCAUUGGAGGCACCGGUGGAGUCGGACAAUUAGUGGUAGCAUCAUUGCUGGAUCGGGAUGUUAAAUUGCGAUUAUUACUCCGAAAUCCGGAGAAAGCCACUACUCUAUUUGGAGAACAAGAAAAGGACAAAUUGCAGGUGGUUAAAGGUGACACUCGAAAUUCAGAGGAUCUCGACCCAUCUAUGUUUGAGGGUGUAACUCAUGUUAUUUGCUCCACGGGUACUACAGCCUUUCCAUCACGGCGAUGGGAUGGGGAUAACACACCUGAAAGAGUAGAUUGGGAAGGCGUGAGAAACCUUGUGUCGGCACUGCCUCGGUCACUGUCAAGAAUCAUCCUAGUUUCAUCGGUAGGAGUAACCAAGUCUAACGAAUUACCAUGGAGCAUCAUGAACCUUUUUGGUGUUCUAAAAUAUAAGAAGAUGGGGGAGGACUUUGUUAUUAACUCCGGCCUUCCUUAUACGAUAAUAAGACCUGGUAGGUUGACAGAUGGACCUUAUACAUCAUAUGAUCUAAAUACUCUGCUCAAAGCUACUGCAGGUGAAAGACGAGCCGUUCUUAUUGGUCAAGGAGAUAAACUUGUAGGAGAGGUUAGUAGGCUGGUAGUUGCAGAAGCUUGCAUACAAGCAUUGAACAUAGAUUUCACUGAAAACCAAAUAUAUGAAAUCAACUCAGUCCCGGGUGAUGGACCAGGAAGUGACACAGAAAAAUGGAAAGAACUGUUUAAAGCUGCACAACUUCAAAAAGUAUGAGCAUGCAUGCUAGGUAUUCUGUAAACUUGUUCACUCAUGUAAUUAAGUUACAAAACUGUAUCUAAUUUUAUGUAAAUGUGUGCAAUUAUAAAAAAAAACAAAAGAUUAAAGGGCUAUAUAUUUGCAAUAAACAGCUGUGAUAUUAUUAAUA